UUGUUUUUAUACAGCUGUGGAAAUUUCCCGGUGAAGUUGUCUGCAAGAGUUAGCUCCCCGGAAGUGAUCGGCGCUUUGACAAACUCAAAGUGGAGUGUGUGCCCUCCGUAAAUAUAUUUCAGUAAACUCAGUAUCUAUCGAUAAGAUGAGUAGAGAACGGUUUCAUCCACUAGCCAGAUCCAAACCACCAGUGGAUCGACACUUGAGUCGUGAUGACAUCACAAAUCAAGGCCGCUAUCUGCUCAACACCUUCAUCCAUGAUCGUAUGCAGCAGGAUGGAAUACAGCAUGCACCUGCGCUGGAUGAACUACAAGAACCAGGCACUCCUUGUGGCCCCCCUAUGCAGCACACAACAGAGAUAGCACGAGCCUUACGAUGUAUUGGAGACCAAUUGGAUGGAGACGUCAGGCUACAGAACCUGAUCAGCCAGGUCCCGCCAGAUGCACAGCGGAGCACGUUCCUCAACGUAGCCCAGUCCAUAUUCAGCGAUGGAGUGUUCAACUGGGGCAGAGUGGUGGCACUGUUCUAUUUUGCUUACAAGAUGGCUCUCAAGGCCUUGGAUAAGAUACCUCUAGUCCGAGCUAUCAUCAACUUGGUGAUAGACUUCCUGAGAGAAAAAGUAUCACAGUGGAUUAUAGACAGAGGUGGCUGGGAAGCCAUAGUGGAAUACUUUGGGACACCUAGCAAACAGGUACUGCUUGUCCUUGGCGCCGGAGUGGUUAUAAGUGGAGCUAUCUACCUCUGGAAAGGCUGGCAUUGAUAGUAUCUGUCGUUUUAGGUUUUUAUUCAAUUGCAGAUUUAACUGUGUCCAACCGAUUUCUUGUUUAUGUUUCCGUGACAGGUAGUUGUGGAAUGUAGACAGCCAGUUGGAGUCUGUGUGUCUCCAUGGUAACGGUAAAGAGGAAUUAACAUGUGUUGUCCUAUUCAUGAGAAUUUAUACAAAUCUGGCAUAAUUGGAUCCUUUUGUACUUUGUUUGCAGUAUUUAUAUUACAUUCUGAGAUUGUUAUAUUUUUAAUGUUGAAACUUAAAUGAAAGAUAUGAUGAAGAUGAACAGAGCUAGUGUCACACUAUACUGAACAACAAGAUAACAGCUAUUGAGCCAGCACAGCAGGUCCAUUUAUUAAAAGUGGUGCUCUUCACAGGGCCCUUGAGUAUGCCAGAAACCUACUGUCAUAGGUUGUAAUUACCGAAUCACCAUGAAUGAGAAUUUUGGUUCAGUAAUUACCAAAUCACCAUGAUU